AGGAGGCAGCAUCCAUCCAUGGAGAGAAGGAAUGGGUGAAGCGAGACUGAUCAACAGGAGGAGCGGCCGCCAAGGCUGCACCAAUAGCGAGCGCCCGGCAACUGGGUGGCAACCAAUGGCAAUCCUGCCUGCAGAGCGACCAAUCACAGCUCAAGCUGAUGCGCGAAUGCGGUUGGCCAACGCGAGGCCGAUUGUUCUUCCCUCCAAUCAGCAGCAGCGCUGCAAGAAGGUUGUCCAAUCACUCGCAGCCCAUCACAAGUCCCAGCGGCCAAUCAGCGCAGCAACUGUAUGGCAGUGACCAAUGAGGUUGAUCCCUCACCCACCAUGAGACGAGUUCGGUAUCGCCAUAAUCGCAAGGAAUCAUGGGAUUGGUCAAAGGUCAUUCUGAAUAAAGAAAAAAGCAAACGAAGGCUGUAUAAACUGUGUGCAUUUCGGUCUGUUUUUGUCUUCUUUGAAUCUUGCAUUGGUUAUGGCUGACCCAAAUUACGACAAUAUGACAGUGGAUGAUUUUCUGCGAUGGAAAGUUGAAGCAUUGAAGCAGUUUUUAGCAGACAGGGGAUUGAAAAAGACGGGACGAAAAGCCGAACUCGCUGCUCUUGCUUAUGGUGCAGUGUACAUGAAGAAGCCCGUGCUACCGACUGCAGGUGAAGAAAAACAUCAUCAUGCUGAUCAGUACAAGGAACUCUUGAAAUGUGGAGAAAAAAUUCUUCCCGAUCCUAUGAGCGAACUGAAAGAUGGGUGGCUUGGAGAAUCACAAGGACUAAACUGCUGGCCUCCCACAUCCAUCGUCGAGCUGUCAAAUCAUCUUGCCAGUUAUGAUGAGGCUAACCAGCCAGCUCCUUCACAGAAGUCUCGCCUGCUUAGCGACUACAAAGAAGGCAAGGCCUAUAGCUAUUUUGAUGCUAGAUGGCUGAAAGAAGUAUUUUUUCAUCCCAUCUCUGAUGAUUCAGCAAUGUGUUUUUUGAAAGCAGACUGUGCGCCUUCUGUAAGAGUACGCCAAACCCCCCAUAAGCCAUGGGUGUGCAUCGAGAAGUCAUCUGGCAUUAUUCACUCUGCUUACUGCAGCUGUCUUGCCAGGCUUCAUUCAACCUGUAAUCAUGUGGCUGCUAUUCUCUUCAAACUCGAUUAUGCUUAUCAAAGAGGAUGGACAUCUAAAGCGUGUACCAUGCGACCAUGUACAUGGGGUGAAGCGACCGCGAAUGAAAUGCUGGAAGGAAAACGCAUUUGUGACAUGGACUGGCGGAAGCCUAGCUACAGAGAUGGAGGGUAUCCGGAAUCGAUCAGCCCUCCGUUGGGACAGUUGUUCCAGCCAAUAAGGGAAACUGCACCCCCACAUAUUGCUGGAAUUAUCAAUGCUCUAGGUUCAACAGUGACGAACUCAAGUGUUUUUCAGUACUUGAUAUCAAAGCCUUCGCCCGAGUAUCCUGUUCAGGAGGACUUUAAUGUCAUGGGCACCAUCGAAGUGGAGACAUCUAAACAUAAUCCGCUAUCGCUACCAAAACUGGCUGGAGAGUGCAGGGCUGUGGAGUCAAUACCCAAAACACCGGACACCGACCCCUUCAUUUCUUGUGUAUCCGAAUCCGACUCCGACUCUGACUCUGACUCUGGCUCUGGCUCUGACCCCGACCCUGACCCCUAGGUAUAAUAAUUCUAAACCUGCUAUGAUGACAUUACAAAAGAUGGCAUUUCAAAAGGACCACAUGAAUCAUCAGGCUACCUUUUAAACCCAUGUCUUUAAAGUUUUGAGUCUUUCCCGCUGACUGAUUAGCACUCUAUCCCACACACGCUAGGGACAAUUUAUACAAACCUGUGCGCCUUUCGUGUGCGGGAGGUAACCCUAACCCUAACUCUAGGUUGAUAG